AUGUCCUCCACGAUUCUUUCAAUGGCAUUCAACGCAAUACCGAAAGUUUUCACGGUGAUUUUGUCAUUAGUGUUCAGUGCUGUGACGUGUAUUCAUCUUCUCAUUGAAUGGUUUAAACAUCGUGAUAGUUUCUUCACUGUCAAGGAACAUCCGAAACCGAAGGUUCUUGAUGGAUGGAUUCAUGAGACGGUUCGAUUAUCGAAUUUCUUCACAUCACAGGAAGUGAAUCUUCAUUAUGUAGAAGCUGGCGAUAUGGAUCAUCCACUGAUGCUAAUGAUUCACGGUUUUCCGGAAUUUUGGUAUUCGUGGCGGUAUCAAAUACGUUACUUCGAAAAAAAUUUUCAGUACGUUAUCUUCUGUUUCUUCAUUUGCAUCAACGCAGAUGUAGCUUAUUUAUCAAUGAGUUUUUUUUUUGCUGUUUGCAGCGUGGUGGCGAUCGAUAUGCGUGGUUAUAAUGAGUCUGAUAAGCCGGAGGGUAUCGAGCAUUAUCGUAAAUCAGUUCUCGCAAAAGAUAUCAAAGAGCUGAUUAGUGCAUUAAAUCAUGAGCAAGCGAUUUUGGUCGCUCACGAUUGGGGUGGUGCAGUGGCGUGGCAAGUAGCCGCUGAAUAUCCAGAAGUAGUUGCAAAAUUGGUCGUUUUGAACUGCCCUCAUCCAGCGGCCUUCAGACAGUUGCUACAUUCGAACUUCCGUCAAUUAAUGAAGUCAUGGUAUAUGUUCAUGUUUCAAAUGCCGUCGUUACCCGAAUUCCUUUACAAAUCAAAUGAUUACCAAAAGCUGAAAGACAUAUUCCGUUCUGAGAAGACAGGCAUUAAGCGCAAGGAAAAUUUUACGGAUGAAGAUGAAGAUGCGUGGCUAUUUUCGUUCUCGAAACCAAAUGCCUUCACUGGACCAAUUAACUACUACAGAGCUAGCUUCAAGUUGCAAGAAGCUCAACCCUCCUCAGCACUCAUCAAACCGAAUACUUUGAUUAUUUGGGGUACCGGCGAUGCCUUCCUUGAGAAACGCGGAGCAGAUAUUUCACCUCAGUAUUGCGAGAAGGCUCAAGUGAAAUUCAUCGAAGGUGCGUCGCAUUGGGUACAACAAGAUGAACCAAAUUUAGUGAACGCAUACAUCGAUAAGUUCGUGAUGGAAACUCAAUAG